AUGACGAGCACCACGUAUGCCGUAUUGGCAGUCUUGCCAGUGGUAGCCUACCUCGUCUACACACAGUUGUACAACUGGCGGUUCAAGAAGUUCAAAGACUUUCCUCAAUUACCGAAUACACUUCUAAUCGGGCAUCUUCCCUAUAUUGCCAGUGGCUUUAAGAAAUUUGGCGAUGCUCGGCGCCAUAUCGACUACAUCUUCGAGUCCAUGGUGGAAGAUGCAGGACGGCCCAACAUCCUGUUAGUCGACGUGCGACCGUUCAAUCACCCGCUCGCUAUUGUCAGCUCUCACGUUGUUGCUGAACAGAUUUCCAAGGUUUCCAAAGGCUUCCCUAUCAGCGUCAACAAGUCGCCUACCAUUUUUGACUUUACGCGUUUGAUCGGCCAUGAAUCGGUCCUAUCCAAAGAAGGUGAUGCUUGGAAGACCCUCCGAAAGAGAUUCAAUCCUGGAUUCGCCCCUCAACAUCUGACCACACUCUUACCGGCCAUUGUCGACAAGACAACAGUCUUCAUGAAGAGACUAGAUUCGUUCGCUAAAACUGGACACGAAUUCGCACUAGAGCCUCUUUGCACCAAUGUUACCUUCGACAUCAUCGGCGCUGUUAUCAUGAACCUUAACUUCGACGCACAAGAUUUGCAAACCGGAGGCCAUCCCGUUGUGCUACAUACUCGUAAACUUCUGCACACAUUUGCGAAUUCAGGCAAACCCGGCUUCAUACCCUGGUGGACGAACGUUCCCUUGGUAAUAUCACGGAUUUACCACAGCAACCAAGCUGACGCUGCUAUUAAAAAUUGCAUUGAGGCCAAAUUUAAAGAGAUUAAGGCUUCUGAGAAUGUGGGAGAUGAACAGAACCAAGACCGUUCUGUACUGGCGCUUGCUUUGAAGGACGUUGACCGCUUGUCAAGCGAUGUCGUACAAACUACAGCGGAUCAAAUCAAGACCUUCUUGUUCGCAGGCCACGAUACUACGUCGAUUUUACUCCAGUGGAUUUACUAUGCACUGUCCACUCACCCGAAAUGUCUCGAAACCAUUCGCGCCGAGCACGACGCAGUCUUCGGGAACAAGGAUCCUCGCGAGGUCUAUCUAGCCAAACCCGACGAGACUACUAAAGCCCUCGUAUACACCUCGGCGUGCAUCAAAGAAGCGCUUCGCCUCUGGCCCCCUGCUGCCAGUGCUCGCAUGGCUCCGGCGGGCAGUGGCUUCAAAGUACGUCUUGACGAUGGACGAGAGAUAUGCACCGAUGGAACGAUUCUUUACGUCAACCACUUCAUCAUCCAACGCGAUCCAAGGGUAUAUGGCGAAACAGCCAAUGACUUCAUUCCAGAGCGCUGGCUGGGUGAUAGUGACACAACAUCGGGUCGGAAAGACGAUAUUUGGGAUUCGAGGCAAUCUGGAGACAACAAGAUCCCCAUUAGCGCAUGGCGACCCUUCGAACGAGGACCACGCAAUUGCAUUGGACAAGAGCUGGCGAAUCUGGAAGCGAGAGUGAUCUUAGCUUGCACCGUCCGGAGAUACGACUUUACGAAAGUCGGUGCUGGAGAGGUGGAAAUCAAUGAAGAAGGACAUCCUUCUUUGGACGACAGAGGUAGAUAUAAGCUCAAAUCAGAGCUGUUCAGUGCUCCAGUGAUCACUGCCAAACCGUUUGACAGAUGUAUGAUGAGGGUCAAGCUCCACGAUCCGAUGGUCUAA